AUGGUCACCAUGGCAUCCAAAUCCAUCAUGAUGGCCCCCAUUUGUCUAGUGGAAAACUGGAAAGAACAGCUGAUGGUGAAUCUGAAAGCAUUACAGAUUCUUGACAAGAUUUCUCAGCCUUUGGUGGUGGUGGCCAUUGCAGGGCUGUAUCGUACAGGAAAAUCCUACCUCAUGAACCGCCUGGCAGGACAGAACCAUGGUUUUCCUCUGGGCUCCACGGUGCAGUCGGAAACCAAGGGCAUCUGGAGGUGGUGUGCACCUCACCCCUGCAAGCCCAGCCACACCCUGGUCCUUCUGGACACUGAGGGCCUCGGUGAUAUGGAAAAUGGUGACCCUGAAAAUGACUCGUGGAUCUUUGCCUUGGCUGUGCUUCUGAGCAGUACCUUUGUCUACAACAGCAUGAACACCAUCAACCACCAGGCCCUGGAGCAGCUCCACUAUGUGACUGAAUUAACAAAGCUCAUUGGGGCAAAAUCUUCUCCCAGACCUGACGAAGUAGAGGACUCCACUGAGUUUGUGAGUUUCUUUCCAAACUUUGUUUGGACUGUACGAGAUUUCACCCUGGAGCUGAAGUUAGAUGGACACCCCAUCACAGAAGAUGAGUACCUGGAGAAUGCCUUGAAGCUGAUUCCAGGCAAGAAUCCCAAAAUCCAAAACUACAACAUGCCUAGAGAGUGUAUCAGGCAUUUCUUUCCAAAACGGAAGUGCUUUGUCUUUGACCGGCCUGUAAGUGACAAAAACCAGUUAAUUCAUAUAGGAGAAGUGCCAGAAAACCAACUGGAGACGAAUUUCCAAGUGCAAUCAGAAAAUUUUUGUUCCUAUAUCUUCACCCAUGCAAAGACCAAGACCCUGAGAGAAGGAUUCAUCGUCACUGGAAAUUGGCUGGGGACUCUAGUGGUGACCUACGUGGAUGCCAUCAACAGUGGAGCAGUACCUUGUUUGGAGAACGCAGUGACAACUCUGGCCCAGCGUGAGAACGCAGUGGCCAUGCAGAAGGCAGCCGACCACUACAGCGAGCAGAUGGCCCAGCGCGUGAGGCUCCCCACAGACACGCUGCAGGAGCUGCUGGACGUGCACGCGGCCUGUGACAGGGAGGCCACUGCGGUCUUCAUGGAGUGCUCCUUCAAGGAUGAUACAGGGGAGUUCCAGAAGAAGCUUGUGGACACCAUAGAGAAAAAGAAGGAAGAUUUCUUGCUGCAGAAUGAAGAGGCAUCUGUCAAAUAUUGCCAGGCUGAGCUUAAGCAGCUAUCAGAGCCCCUGAUGGAAAGUGUUUCAAGAGGAACUUUCUCUGUUCCUGGAGGGCACUGUCUCUACUUAGAAGCAAAGAAGAAAGUUGAACAGGACUAUAAGCUAGUGCCCAGAAAAGGAGUUAAGGCAAAUGAAGUCCUCCAGAACUUCCUGCAGUCUCAGGUAGCUACAGAGACAUCCAUCCUGCAAUCAGACAAAGCCCUCACUGAUGGAGAGAAGGCCACAGCAGCUGAGCGGGCCAAGAAGGAGGCAGCUGAGAAGGAGCAGGAGCUGCUCAGACAGAAACAGAAGGAGCAGCAGCAAAUGAUGGAGGCUCAAGAGAGAAGCUUCCAGGAGAACAUGGCCCAACUGGAGGAGAAGAUGGAGCGGGAAAGGGCAAACCUUCUGAGAGAGCAGGAAAGGAUGCUGGAGCACAAGCUGAAGGUCCAAGAAGAACUGCUUACUGAAGGAUUUAAAAAGAAAUCCGAGGAGUUAAAUAAAGAGAUAAACCAACUAAAACAAAAGAUUGAAUCAACUAAAGAACCCUGUGUGGUUUCAAAUGUCCUCGAUAUGGUUGGUAACCUUAUCACUACAGUACUGCCUGCGGCUGCUAAGCUAGUGUGUAAAGGUCUGAAAUGUCUCAGCUCACAUGUUAAAUAGGCUGAGAAUUCCUGGUAAGGAAAUUGCAAAAUAAGGAGUUGUUUGUUUUAAUGGUUUAACACUGUGACUCAUGUUUAAAGUAUAUG